AUGGUUAUUGGCAGAUCUAGCAGGUUGACUCACUUUUUAGAAUGGAGAGACUAUAAGAUUGUAUUUAAAAGAUAUGCUAGUUUGUAUUUCGUGGCAGGUAUCGAGAAAGAAGACAAUGAGCUUAUUGUUCUAGAUGUGAUCCAUCAUUUUGUGGAGAUUCUGGACAAGUAUUUUGGAAAUGUGUGCGAACUUGACUUGAUAUUUAACUUCCAUUAAGCCUAUUUUAUCCUUGAGGAGAUUAUCAUUGGAGGCUUCAUAAUGGAAUCAAAUAAAAAGCAGGUGCUAAAAAUGGUCUAGCAUAACGAUGCUAUCAUGGAUGAAGCAUUUUUCAAGGAUGAAGGACAAAGCAAAAGUGCAGAUGAAAGCAAUAAAAAGAAAUGA